AAUAGCCAUAGGAAUAUAGAACCAAAACUUAUAAGAAUUAUUCUUGCAAAUAACUGUUUAGACCAAAUUAUAUCACAUACAGAAAAUGAUAAUAGAUUAUUUAAUUUUUUAAAAAUAUUAAAGAAAAGAAAAUCAAGUGACAGUAUUGACAUUUCAGAUGAAUUUGAAUCACAAGAUCUUUUUCAACUUAUAAAUUAA